AUGCAUAUAUUAAAAUUGAAUCACAUAUAUGUAUGUACACACACGCACACAUACAUAUAUAUAUAUAUAUACGUAUACACACAUACACACAUGCACAGACAUACACGCUAUACACACAUACAUACACAUACACGCAUACACAUAAACACAUACACGUACAUGCUCACAAAACGCAUAUACACACAUACACACAUAUCACACCCAUUCACGCGUAAACACAUACACGCACACAUAUAUACACAUACACACAUACACACACAUACACAUACGUAUAUACAGAAGACACGUAAACUCCGCAAUUUAUUUUAUAACAAGUAA